AAGCGUGUGAGUCAUUUGGACUAUCCCGAUGGAAGAAGGCAAGGGUGACAGCUCGAACAAAAGUGUUAUUCGUCGCUUUUACACCCUUUUUGAUUACAACGAUAGCAUCAACACUGAAGAUGUGGAUGAUGUUGAAGAAGAGGAAAGUUAUAGCUUAACAGUGCUAUGUACAGAUGUUCCAGCUUCUCUAGAAAUCGAACUAAGGAAAUUAUUGUCCCAAAAGCUAUCAAAAAGUGCUGUGUAUUUUGGUGCUGGCAGUGUAACACAGUUUGAUGUUAGUGAUGAAGAGAAAAUCGAGACAUGGUCUUGUUAUUAUUGUAUGCUGAAAGACAAAGAAAUUAGAGAAGAUGGAGGCAAUGUGAAAUAUAUAGUUUGUUUUCUUGCUCCUGAAGCAGAAAUGUUGGAGAUAUUCACCCAAGAUUUGGAUGCUUACUGUAAAAAAUUAUCAGAGGAAAUAAGAAAUAAAACAGAUGUACUAACCACUGCCAAAAAAAUCUUGGCAAAAUGGCAUGAGACAAUAUUAGACUUUCUGUGUCGAUGUGUUCAGCUUUUACAGCAAGAUGUUAAAUUUCUUUUAUAUUGUGCAUUAAUUGAUGGUUGUUUAAAAGCUGAUGGAGGAAAAGAAUCAGUUUGUUCUGAUCUCAAAAGGUUCGUGAAAUUGUGCAAUAUGUCCAAUAUGUUUGGAGAAGAGUCUACAGGUAGUAUGGAUAUGUUGGUAGAUAUCUCAUCAGCAACCAUACCUCAGAAGUCUGUAGCUGUUACAUUCAGUAAUGAUCAACCCAUGUUUGAGAACAUUAAAUGUUCCAAAUUUUGUGAGCACUGGAGUAAAGCAAUAAACUCUGUAGAUAAUAACAGCCCUGGAGAAAUCAGACAAGCUGUAGAAGCCUUUAAAGUCAAGUAUAUACACAGUAUAAAUACAAUGAAGAGACUACUAAUGGAGGCACAAACAGAUUAUUAUGCAUAUUACAGAGCAUACAAAUUUAUCAUGAACUCAGGAAAUUCAGAAAUACUGUUGAGUUAUGCACAUUUGGAUGAGAUUGCCGAAGUGAAAGAUGUGUUUACAGAUUUGAAAAACUAUCUCUUACACAUCUAGUAACUGUAUAGACAUUUUAUUUAUUUAUAUUAAACAUUGCAAUAACUUAUGCAACUUAUUGUGACUUACCAUAGCCAUAAAUCCAUUUUUUUUUCUUUGUAACUUGUAAAUUGUCUUGGUAAAUGCUAGCGGUUAGAUUUUAUCUUGAAAAAGUACUGGAAUAUGAAAUGGUAUUUGUUCUCAAAAUUGUCUGAUUACAUUUUUAAACCCAUUACCUUGAAACUUCACCAUUACAGACAUAGUAUUUGGAAGCUACUUUUAAGAAUUAUGAUUCACUGAUAUUUUCUGGAAAAAGAAUAUGUUCUUUUUUUUUCAUUUUGCUUAUUUCGUAAUGUUUACUUGUCACACAAAUUUAGAUAUGUUGUAUCCUGUGACUAAAUGAAGGCCAAGUUCGAUUUUCACGAUUUUAGCUUUUAUUGUUGUUGAGAUGUAAUCAUUUAAGUAGUGACGCAUGAUACUUAGAUUGAUUUUGGCCUUUCCAUUUCUGUACCCUACAAAAAUUCUUUAUUUUCUUUAAAAUGAUCCUGUUUGUUGGUCCAGUUUUGCAAAUAUCAUUUUCAUGCAGGAAAAUCCAGUUUGCUGACAGCAUCUUGUUUUGCUUUUAUUUUGCAAUGUUCACUUGUCACACUUAACUGUACAUUAACGGAAAAUAAAUGUUACUAAAGUUUUUGAAGGCUGUUAGCUGUUAAAUAUGAACACUGGUUGAGUAAUUCACAACUUUCACCCAAAACCAUAGCCACUGCUUUGUUGCCUUCAAUAUAAGACAUAGGUAAGGUAGCAAUACACACACAGUUAGGAGUGUAGUUUCACAUUUUGGCCAUGGUGGUUUUUUCAAAUAUGAAAGUUAUUGUGCAAUAGAAUUCAUUUUUAGACAGCUGAUGACUAAUUUAGCCUUCAAAGUGGGUUUAUAAGAACAUCAAGAUUAUUUUUUACAUGUUUUAUGGGCUAUUUUCUGUAUGACUGUUUGUAUUUUCAUAACCAGACCGGCCAUAGGUCCAGAAAUUAUUGUAAUGUUUACAAACACUUUUUUUUCACACAAACUUUUUGACGCAAUUUUACAUGUGAUUUUUAUUUGAUCUCUUGAUAGAUAUAUGUAAACAGUUUCAGAAAAGGUAUUAUCCAAGGGAUUGAAAUUCUCCUUUGGCCAAAUUUUGGAGAAAUAUGUGACAUCUUUACCCCCCUUUUUGCAAUAUUUUAUAGCAAUUAAAUGCAGAUUGUUGCCAUGGAUACACUAAAAAGAAAUUUUAUUUAACCAAUUUGACUACUGGAAAUCAAAUCUUUGGAAGAUACUGAUUACAUACAUAUGCACAUAUAUGACACAAACAGUAGGCUUAAUUUGUAAGAAAGCAAGGAAAAGGGGAUGGUAAAAUUUAUCAGAGUAAAUUUUAAUUUUUUUCCAAACUAUAUAUUGCUACCUUAUGGCAUACUUGGAAAGCUCAGAAUAGCAUAAUUUCAGACUAUUCAUACCACAAAUCUAUUAAAAUUUAGAUUCUAAAUCAAUUUCUGAGGAAAUAAAGUGUUUUAGAAUGACAAUACAUGUCAAUUUUUAUUGUUUAUUUUCCUUAGCAACCAAAAAUAGACAUUUUGACUUGAAGCUUAUUUUUGUACUCUAUUGGCUUAAACCUUGCUACCGAAGGAUUGGGAUGUAUGUAAUAGCCAAAGGAUUGAACGCUUUGUAUUUUUAUUAUGCGAAUAUAUCAAAUUAUUAUUUUUAGCAAGGUUUCAUGUUACAUUUUGUCAAUAAAUUAAAUGUAUAGUUGUUA